AUGAAUCAAACAGUGUGCACAAUGGCUGAAAAAUUGAAUAUCAUUAUCGUAGGUGCGUCCUAUCUUGGCUCCAAGGUUGCUAGAGCUGUAGCAAAAUCAAUGCCUCUAAAUUUGGCUGAAAAUCAUCGUGUUUUAUUGAUCGAACCCAAUUCACAUUUUUCACAUUUAUUUACUUUUCCAAGAUUUGUUGUUGUGCCGUCGCAUGAACAUAAAGCAUUUAUUCCUAUGAACAAAAUAUUUAGUGAAGCACAGUGCAAUGCUGAAAUUAUUUGUGCUUCAGUAGAAACUAUAAAUCAAAGUGAAGUAAUCGUUGAUAGGGACACACCGUUUGGACGUAAAUUGCCUUGGCACAUAUUAGUCAUGGCAACUGGUUCGAGAUUAUCACCACCUGGAAAUAUGCCAACAAACACAAAACUUGAUUCAAUGCAAUAUUUAAAAAAUUUGCAAGAGCGGAUACGAACUGCCAAAAGUAUCGCAUUAAUCGGUGGAGGUGCUCUCGGUGUGCAAAUCUCUACAGAUAUAAAAAGUUAUUAUCCUGAUAAAGAAGUACAUGUUAUACAUUCACGAGAUCGAUUAAUGUCGAGAUUUGAUCCAAGUCUUGGCGACGUCGUUGUUCAGUCAUGUAAAGAUCUUGGUAUUAAUGUGCAUCUGAGAUCGAGAGCAAAACUUCCCAAUACAGAUGGACCUUGCACAAUAGAACUUGAAUCUGGCAAGACAAUAUCUGUCGAUUUCUAUUUAAAAUGCACAGGACAAAUAAUUAAUUCAGAACCUAUUCGCGAACUAGCAAAAGAAAGUAUCAAUGCUGAUGGAACUAUUCAUGUACUACCUACUUUACAACUUGAAAAGCAUCCUCGAAUUUUCGCAGUCGGCGAUGUAAAUGAUUUACUACAAAUUAAAUCAGUUAGACCUGCACUCGGUCAAGUAGAAGUUGCUCAAAAAAAUAUUAUUUCUCUUUUACAAGGUGAAACUCCUGAAGCAAAAUAUGAAAAUAAUGCAGCUGGAAUUCAUCUUACGCUUGGACUCAAGCGUGAUGUAUAUUGCAAACAGACUCAAGAUGGAUCAUCUCCGGCUAGUAUUGAAAUAGAAGAUGACGAAGGACUUGAAGAUAUGGGAGUAGAACAUAUGUGGGAUGAUCUUCGUGCUGACAAAAACGAUUUCUGGGCUUAA